CCUCCCGCGACGCCCAGGCACGCCUGCGCACCCAGCGCACCCGCCGCUGCUCGUCGCCACUAAAUUAUCGUGCACCUGGCCGCGCUCUCCUUGUGGUUGGAUAUGGAGCUCGACAAUUCUCCGUGAGACGCGCGCAUCCUGACAUUCUCCGUCCCCGCAGGCACGCUGUCGGCCAGUGCUGCGUCCGCCAUGGAGCAGCAACCCUCCUCCAUCCCCGUGCGGACAUCUGGGAUCCCACGCCCGGCUUCACGCCUGCCAGUGCUGAGAUCCUCUGGCAGCCAGUCCCAGCUCCGGCCGGCCUCGUCUACGGAGCACUUGCGCAAGAAGGCCUCGAUCUCUUCCAUCUCCUCCACCGAGCAGGUGCGCAAGAGGCCUUCCAUCUCAUCGAUAUCGAAGCCGAGCCAGCCACAGCCGUCAUUGCAGAAGAAGACAUCCCGAGCCUCCCUCGUCCGCUCGAAUACCCCGUCCACAGCAGCCUCAGCAAACACCAGCUCAAGUAGAGCGUCCUUGACCUCCGCGAUAAGACGAACGAUCCCCAGCAGCGCACGAAGCUCGACCUCCGAUGCUUCUGUCUUCAAGAAGCCAAUUGCCCGGCCGCCAUCGCGCCAGACGAGAACGAGAACCACACCUCAAAUUACGCCGACAUCGGAUACAGGUCACAGAGAUGAUGUGCUGGGAGACUUGGAGGGAUUCCGUUCGGCCUCGCGAGCAUCGUCGCGGGCAGGCUCAAGGGCCGGGUUCCGCGAGGAUGAGGUAGAGCAGGUGCGAGAGCAGGAGAAUGAGACGGAAGCUGCGAAGCCGGCACCGAGGAAGGCACGCCCGUCUCUGUCGGAAAGGACGAUCGAGAGUCUUUCACAGCUCCCCUCGUCCCCAGCGGGGAGCAAGACAAGACGAAGGUCAAGCUUCUUUAACGGAGAUAAGUCCAUGCCGCCGCCGCUUAGACCCGCUUCGGCAUUGGGAAAUGGAAGAAGACCAAUGACGAGUGAUGGCACACCCCAAGCAGCCCCUACCACUCCGAGAAGGCUUGCUGCUGGAGCACAGCGAGGGUCAAUGACAGCUCCAGGUAAGAGGAGCGUCAGCGCAGCCAUUGCUACCAAUGCCACCACAACACCCAGCAAAACAUCGUCGCUGGCCAGGCCAGCUUCGACCAUCAAGAAGCAGCCUCUCAACCCCUUGCAGAACAUACAGACCACGCCAAAGCUUCGACCGUUGUCCAACAGCAAGACGAUGCUCGCAAGAACACCGAAGUCUCGACCCUCCAUAACUAGAGCCUUUGGACAAGCGAUAUCCCCUCCGGGGACAGAGGCUAUCCCUCAUACACCUUCGCCAGGCAGACAACCGGCGGCUAAUAAGACACCAGAAACGAGUCGGAAGGUUUCCAGUUCGUCUGCCGCGCUUCGGGAACAAAUCGCGAAAGCAAAGGCUGCUCGGCGAUCGGAUGUCACACCCAAACUUGAUGACACACCACCCAAGGCCAAUUCGUCUCAGGCAUUGCGAGAUCAAAUCGCAAAGGCCAAAGCGGCAGCCAAACGCGCCAAUGCGGCUCAAGAACCUCGGACUGUCACGCCUCCCAGAGAAGCCAUCGUGCCAGACCCGGCUGAGAUUGCUGAGUUCGAUUUCGGCCUCGACGAUCCCUUCAACCAACGCUCAAAGGGAAGCAAAUCUCUGCUGCGGAAGCGUGUAGAUGCCGCUCGUGUAGACGGGCGACUGAACAUUGCGGCGAUGGGUUUGAGCGAGAUGCCCGAGGAAGUAAUGGAGAUGUACAAGUACGACCCCAAUGACACCACCAUCGCUUGGGGCGAAGUUGUCGACUUGACUACAAUUAUCGCUGCGGACAAUCGGUUCGAGAGUCUUCCGGACACUAUGUUUCCGGACGUCGAUAUGGAAUCCGCCAUCGAGGCUGAUGACCCUGGACCGCAGUUUGGCGCAAUCCAAAACCUUGACUUGCAUGGGAACCUCCUUCCUCAGCUCCCGUUGGGAAUGAGACGGCUGACACAGCUCUCCAAGCUCAACCUAUCGAGGAACAAAUUAACCCCGGAGGCUUGGGAUGUCAUCUCCCAGAUCACUUCGCUACGCGAGCUGAAGCUAGCAGAGAAUGGUUUUCAAGGAGCCGUCCCUCCAAGUCUAGGUAACCUCAACCAGCUAGAGACGCUAGACCUUCAAAGCAACCGACUCGCCAGCCUGCCACCAGAGAUCCGCGAGCUUGCACAUCUUCGAACGCUGAACAUCGCGGACAACAAGCUAAAUGCCCUUCCAACAGAACUGUUCACGUCCGUUCCGAUCAUCGAGCUUGUUGCGACCAAGAAUGCAUUCAGUGGAUCCUUCUUUGACGUUGAUACAGUUCCUCACUUGCAGACUCUUCAUCUGUCAAACAACUCGCUUACGUCUUUCUGCGAGUCGGGUACCAUCUUACUACCUGCUCUGAAGUAUCUGGAUUUAUCUGCGAAUCGACUCACAUCGCUUCCUGACAUGUCAUCUUGGACAAAUCUGACAACGCUACUCGUCGGAGAGAAUAAACUGUCGGAGCUUCCGGAAGGAUUCCUCUCACUCCAUCAGCUCCGUAAUGCGGACUUCACAGGGAACGACCUGGUCAAGCUCGACGAGAAGGUCGCGCUCAUGGAAGGGUUGGAGAACCUGACGCUUGCAGCGAAUCCGCUCCGGGACCGGAAGUUCUUGACAAUGAACACUGAGGAUAUCAAGCGUGAUCUCCUAUCGCGAUUAGAGCCUAGUAGUGUAGAGGAUGCUACAAAGGACGAUGUUGAGACUAAGGAAGACACCUCUGGGGUCGAAAACGGCUGGAAGUUGACGCCCUCAGGUACGCUGGAUCUGUCUUUCCAGAACCUGACAGAGAUCGAUGAAGAAGCCGUCGCCUCUUUCGCCGAGUCGAAUGAUGUUCGCCAGCUCUACCUCCAGCAGAACUACCUGACAGCUAUUCCCAAUGUUAUGGAGCAGCUGUCCUUUCUCACGGUGCUAGACGUGUCUAAGAACAACAUUGCCAACCCACUUUCGCACUCACUCCGCCUCCCGAAGCUCCGCGAGCUACGCCUCAAUAGCAACAAGAUGCCGUCCUUGGCCAACCUCACUUCAUACCUCUCCGCGCCUGCUCUCCAGCAUCUCGACGUAUCGAACAAUCGCCUGUCCGGGUCCCUUCCAACACUCCGAGAUUCCUUCCCCAAGCUCAUGCUGCUCAUGGCGUCCGACAAUGGCAUCUCUGAAGUUUCCGCUGAAUCCCUACAGGGUCUCAAGAUCGUCAACCUCAGCAACAACGACAUCGAGCGCCUAGAGCCGCAGAUAGGUCUGCACAUGGGCACAUUGACGAGUCUGGAUGUCGAAGGAAACAAGUUCCGUGUUCCCAACUAUGCUAUCUUGAAGAAGGGGACAGACGCGAUCUUAGCGUGGUUGAAGGAUAAGAUUCCGAGUCCGACCGAGGAGUUCUUUAGUUGUGGAAGCGGAAGCUCAGGCUUUUAGAUGUUUGCAGUUUUUGUAAACCUUUGGGGAUGGACUGAUUUGGUAUUGGGGCGGGCGUUCGCACGUUUGGAGGUGCUUUUUGGUGUAGGGGGAUACGUGAAAUGUUCGCUUCUUCGCAGCGAUAAUGUGUCGCCGGCGCGGUGAGCUGCGCUUCAUGGACGUCGGCUGCCUAUGCCUUCUUUUCGACUUUUCGCUCUUAGCUGUUGGAUACAUUGAAUUGUAAUGCUUAGUUCUCGU